GUGGCAUUUGCUCCGAUUCGGUCACGUAGAAAACUCGGAGUACUGUGACUGAGAUAAGUGCUAUUUUCCCAUUGCGGCCGAGGUGCAUCAUCGUCAAAGCAACAGCUUAAGAUUGCCAUAAUAGAGGAUCUACCCUCUGUAUUCUCAUUCUCAUGCACAUGCACAUGCUUCAGUCUCCUGUCACAAUACUGAGCACUCCAUUCAGGCGAAAAAUAAGCCCGCGAUCCUGCAGCAAGAAGAUAAUUCCUGCCACUCACAACCCAUCGUCAUUUCACCGCCAAUCGUCGACGCAAACACCCCGCGCCCUGGCUCCCACCACGCAGACUCAAAAAUCCAUUUCCUCUCCUCUCCUCCGUCCCUCCUCCGCCAUCAUAGCUUCUCAACGUUCGGAAGCUAUCUCUCGACAUCUCUCUACUGCUCCUUCGUCCUCUCCUGCCAACAUGUCUUACAGCAAGCAGCCCUCAGAGUUCCAACCUCGUAAGGUUGGUGCUUUGCACACUUCGGAAUACCGAUGCUAUAUUGAAGACAAGACUGGCACUCCUGUCUCACCUUUCCAUGAUAUUCCUCUCUACGCCAAUGAGCAACAGACUGUCCUGAACAUGGUUGUAGAAAUCCCCAGAUGGUCAAAUGCUAAGCUUGAGAUCUCCAAAGACGAAUUCUUGAACCCUAUCAAGCAAGACGUCAAGAAAGGAAAGCUUCGAUUCGUCCGCAACUGCUUCCCUCACAAGGGUUACCUCUGGAACUAUGGUGCCUUCCCGAGGACCUGGGAAGACCCAAACGUUGUUCACCCUGAGACAAAGGCCAAGGGCGACAAUGACCCGCUCGACGUCUGCGAGAUCGGUGAGCUGGUUGGCUAUACCGGUCAGGUCAAGCAAGUCAAGGUCCUUGGAGUCAUGGCUCUCUUGGACGAGGAAGAGACGGACUGGAAGAUCAUUGUCAUUGACAUCCACGACCCGCUCGCUCCCAAACUGAACGACAUUGAAGAUGUUGAGCGUCACCUUCCUGGUCUCCUCCGCGCUACCAACGAAUGGUUCCGUAUCUACAAGAUCCCAGAUGGAAAACCCGAGAACCAAUUCGCCUUCAGCGGUGAAUGCAAGAACAAGAAGUAUGCCGAGGAGAUCAUCCGCGAGUGCAGCGAUGCAUGGGACCGACUGGUCACUGGCAAACAACAACGUGGUGACAUCAACCUGGCCAAUGUCACAAAUCAAGCUUCGCCAGACCGUGUCGACCAGAGCCAGCUGUCCAAAAUCCCACCCGGACAAAACAUUCCCCCUGCGCCGAUCGAUGGAAGUGUCGACAAGUGGUUUUUCAUCUCUGGUGCGGCCGUUUAAGCAAACUACCCCAGAUCAUUCGCUGAUUUUCGUUCAGGAGCUGGAGCAGUCUCGACCGAUUACACCAAAUGAGCCGCAAAAGGAGUCAUUGCGUGCAAAUCGUAAGCUGCACAUCCAGAUAGACAAGAUGUCCGCAUACGUAGCUAGAACUGAAAAAUCAUUCUCAUCCAGCAAGGAGAGAGUUUUUUGCCCGCAUACGUCAAACCAGUUUCGGAGACAUGUCAAUAAUCUUAAAGUCCUCCCCCCUUAG